AUGUUUGAUACAGAUCAAACAAGUUUACCACAAUAUCGAAAUCAAGCACCAAUUUAUAGUCGUUUUAUUAGUCGUAGAAAUUACAUUAUUAGACUAACGCUUGUUGGCUUGUUGUUGGGUACGACAAUAUGGAUUACAUUAAUAAAGCCUUUGGUUGAAUCCGAGUCGAGUAUAAUUCUUAGUGACUCAGCAAAUGCUGAGAAACAAAAUACCGAGCCUACGCAACCAAUGUGGCAAACAGAUAUAAAAGAAGUCAUUGACGGACGAUUUAGUUUAUUUAAAAAAGAACAAUUUACAGAGGUUGCUUUAAACAAAAAUGGGAUGAUCCCAGUGACAGCAGUAUUAUUGGGUUGGAAAAGAAUGGAGAGCCUGCAAAUAGUAGUAAAUUAUAUUUCAAAAUAUCCAUUCAUAAAGGAGAUUCUUAUAUGGAAUAAUAAUAAUAAAAUGAGAAUUUAUGCCAAGGAUUUUAUUCUUAACAAUAGUGAAGUUACGUUGAAUGUGUUUAAUUCUGAAAAAAAUCUUCAUGAUCUUUCAAAAUAUACAACGUGUUCAAUGGCCAAAUAUGAUUAUUGUUAUUUUCAGGAUUAUAAUUGGUUAAAUUUAUAUAUGGACAGUUUAUAUACAAAUUUCCUUAAUAAUCCAAGUUUAAUUCACUCAAAUACAAUGCCAAUUAAUUAUUUGGAACACAAAAGGUGGAUGUUUGCAAAUUCAGAUAAAAAUCUUCAUACUGGAUUUACGCGGCUUGGAUGUGGUUCCUUUGCAUCACGUGCAAAAGUUCAAAGAUUUUUAGGUCAACUUGGUUCGAUAUCUUUAAUGAAAGAUAGAUUAAAAUUUGCAGACGUGUAUUUUUCUUUAUGGACUAAUCAAUACCCAUAUCAGCUAUCAAAUCCGUUAAUAACUUUAGACAAAAAGGAUGGUUGGAAAGCCGGUGUGAAUCAAUGGAAUGUGGAUCAAUGGAAUUUAUUUUACAAUAAUAUCCUAGAUGCAACUCAAAAGCUAUAUACAGCAUUGGCCGUAAAAUCUGGUUCGGAACUUUUCGCUCCUGAAGAAGAGCAACCCUAUUAUAAUGACAGAGAUGCUAGAGCUCCAUGUUUAAAUGAUAAUUGUCUUUUUUUAACAAACAUCGAUCCAUUUCCUCAUCCAUCUCGAGUUUAUUACGCAAAUAAUAUUACUCAUGUUCAUGAUCAAGAAGCAAAAUUUAACGAACUGGAUUUUCCUGAAAAUUCUUUUUGGGAAAAUCAUGCUUAUCAUCACGCUGUUGAUUUGAAUGAAAGGACAUGCUGGAAUUCAUUCAAAAUUCCAAAGAUUGGUGAUUAUUUUGGAUUACAAUUCGUUAAACCCAUAUUUUCCGAAAAGAUCACAAUUGUAUCAACAAAAGAUAUCAGGAAUUUUGACGCGUCUUUCAACAUCCUAGUUUCCCUUGAUGGAAAUGAAUGGCUAAAAUGUACCGGAAUUCAUUCUGAUAGUAUUGGUUAUACUUUUACUCGGAUUACAUUGAAAUUUAAUUGUCCCGAUAUUGCAAAGACCAAACAACUUUUCAAUUAUAUUAGAGUUGAGGCAUCAAGGAAUUUUACAGAGCCACUUGAAAUAUGUUCUUUAAUGUUGGAUGGAUUAAGUGUAUAA